AUGGUGGUUGACAUAGCAGAAUCGUGUGCAAAGCAUGGGGACAACACAGAGGUGGCAAUUAAUUCUGCCUGGAAGAAUUGCUGUGAAGUGCGUCUCGGUCGCAUAUUGUUACUGGACACGGUUGAGGCGUUCCGUCAGUGUUUUCAGACGCCCGGGGAUCGCUGCAGGUUGGGCGGGUCUUCAGCUUACACACAGUUACCGGCCGCAGCAGCAAAGGAUGAACGGAGCUCUGGGAAAGGUGGCAUUCUGAUGGGUACCAGUCGGCACUACAAGACAAAGCCUACCCAUGGCAUUGGAAGAUACAAGCACCUAGUUAAAGCUCAGGAGCCCAAGAAGAAGAAAGGAAAAGUGGAAGUUAGACCCAUUAAUUUGGGGACAGAUUAUGAAUAUGGGAUUUUAAACAUUCACUUGACUGCAUAUGACAUGGCCGUGGCAGAGAGUUAUGCCCAAUAUGUUCACAACCUCUGCAACCAUCUAUCCAUUAAAGUUGAGGAAAGUUACGCUAUGCCCACCAAAACCAUGGAGGUGUUGCGGCUGCAGGACCAAGGCAGCAAAAUGCUCCUGGACUCAGUUCUUACCACGCAUGAGCGAGUGGUUCAGAUCAGCGGUUUGAAUGCUACAUUUGCAGAGAUUUUUUUGGAAAUAAUCCAAAGCAAUCUUCCCGAAGGAGUCAGAUUGUCAGUGAAGGAGCACUCUGAAGAAGACUUCAAGGGCAGGUUCAAAGCUCGGCCAGAACUGGAAGAACUGUUGGCCAAGUUGAACUAGCUCAUGGCAGACCCUUUCAUGUCAGGACUGGUGAUAUUGAGUGCCAAACGGAAGAUCUUCCUGAGUGGUCAAAGUUAAGCAGAAGACCCUGACCUUUAGAUAUCAUAACUACCCAUCCCUAUUAGCCAGGAAUGCCUCCUCUCUUGUAUGGAGAAGUGCUUGCCAAUUGUCACCACUUUCCUUUGAGCCAACCUAAGACAUCCUCCAUCUAAUAAAAAUCUGCAGCUGAUGGGCAUGUGAGAA